GAUCGGCUUACACAUGCUCCAGUAUAAAUUCCUUAAGCUUUGUAACGCUGUGGCUAUAUAUAAAGCCCUACGUUGAAAACUGAAGUACACAGACAGCUGCAAUAGUAGCAAGCAUUUCACAUUCCCAGUGUGCUGACAGUCUGUAAGCAAGGGAGAUCUGUAAGCCCUGCUUUGGGUAAGUUUCUUUACCAGGGGCUCAGGUAUAGAUAUAUUCAUAUAUAUAUAUAUAUAAAAGAAGGAUUGGGAAAAAAAAAAGAAGCGGUUACUCUUCACCAUGGGUUUGCCUUUUGAUCAAGCAGAAGAACUGCGUCUCUACCAGCAAACUCUCCUCCAGGAUGGACUCAAAGACAUGUUGGACCACAAUAAGUUUCUGGACUGUGUCUUAAAAGUCAAGGGGAAGGAGUUUCCCUGCCACCGACUGGUGCUGGCAGCUUGCAGCCCGUAUUUUCGAGCUAUGUUCCUCUCGGACAUGGAAGAGAGCAAGAAGAGGGAGGUCAGUUUGGAGGAUGUUGAUCCAGAUGUCAUGGGCAAGAUCCUUCAUUAUAUCUACACCUCUGAGCUGGAGAUCACAGAGCAGAAUGUGCAGGACAUCUUCUCUGUGGCCAACAUGUUCCAGAUCCCCUCCAUCUUCACCGUCUGUGUGUCCUUCUUGCAGAAGCGACUCUGCCUCAGCAACUGCUUGGCUAUCUUCAGGCUGGGCUUGAUGCUGGAUUGUGCCCGGCUGGCUGUGGCAGCUCGGGAUUUCAUUUGCGAUCGCUUUGCACUGGUGUCUCGGGAUGAGGAGUUCUACCAGCUCUCCCCCGAUGAGCUUAUUGCAGUCAUCUCCAGUGACUCCCUCAAUAUCGAGAAAGAGGAGACCGUCUUUGAAGUAGUGAUGAAGUGGGUGGGGACCAAGGACCAUGAGAGCCGUCAGAAGGCCUUACCUGUCAUCUUUGAAAGCAUCCGCUUCCGUCUCAUGCCUAACGACUACAUCAAGGACCAUGUGGAGAAACACGCCAUGGUGAAGUCCAGCCCAGAGCUGCUCAAGAAACUGCAGAUGGUGAAGGAUGCCCAAAACGGUAAAUUCACUGUGGUGAAGAAGAAGAAAGUAAAGAAAAGCACUGAAAAGCAAGUGAAAGACAAUGUUGUCAAUGGAGCAGUAGAUGAGGAGGAAGACGCAGAGGAGAAUGCUCUCCCAGGGAUCUUAAAUGACACAAUGCGCUUUGGGAUGUUCCUCCAGGACCUUAUUUUCAUGGUGAGCGACAGUGGAGCAGUGGCCUAUGAUCCCAAUGCCAAUGAGUGCUAUUGUGCCUCCCUGUCUACUCAAAUCCCAAAGAACCACAUCAGUCUGGUGACCAAAGAGAAUCAGAUCUUCAUUGUUGGAGGACUAUACUACAAUGAGGACAUCAAAGAGGAUCCCAUGAGUUCCUACUUUCUACAGUACGACCAUCUGGAUGCAGACUGGCUGGGGAUGCCCCCUCUGCCCUCCCCUCGCUGCCUCUUUGGCCUAGGAGAGGCGGAAAACUCCAUUUUUGUGGUUGGAGGGAAAGAACUGAAAGAGGGAGAGAAGACCUUGGAUUCUGUCCUGUGCUACGACCGGCUGUCCUUCAAGUGGGGUGAAGCUGAUUCCCUUCCCUAUGCUGUCUACGGCCACGCGGUGGUAUCGCACAAGGAUGUCAUCUAUGUCAUCGGUGGCAAAGGAAGCGACAAGAAGUGCCUGAAGAAGAUGUGUAUCUACGACCCAUCCAAGUUUGAGUGGAAAGAGAUGGCUCCCAUGAAAACGUCACGCUCCUUGUUUGGAGCCACCGUGCACAAGGACAAAAUCUAUGUGGCAGCUGGCGUGACUGACUCCGGCUUGACCAACUCAGUGGAAGUCUAUGACAUUGCCACCAACAAGUGGGACACCUUCACUGAGUUCCCGCAGGAGCGCAGCUCUGUCAGCCUGGUGAGCUUGUCUGGGGUGCUCUACCUGCUCGGAGGGUUCGCCACAGUGGAGACAGAGUCGGGAGAGCUGGUGCCAACGGAGCUGAAUGAUGUUUGGAGAUAUGAUGAAGAGCAGAAGAAGUGGGAAGGGGUUCUCCGGGAGAUCCAGUAUGCCUCUGGUGCCACUUUCCUUCCGGUGCGCCUCAACGUUUUGCGCCUAACAAAGAUGUAGCGAGUUCGACCCAACUCCUGUCAUGGUCACGUGUCACUAGGCAGAACUGCGUGUGGGGAAGCUCACUCCGUCCGUGUGAACAAAGGGCUUCUGUCCGUCCAACCUUCUCUCUUGACUUCUGGCAAACCAAGAGUUUAAUCAGUGGAGUUGUCUAGCAGCGGAUGCUCGUCUCUAUUGCACUGUUGCAGCCGUUCCCAUCCACCGGCCGUCCAUCCAUCAUCACCUUCCCACCACGCUGGGGUUAUGGCUGUGGUCCGAAGGGCCAGCACUGCCUCAUGGGCAUUCUGAGGCUAACUGGUCUGUGCUACCAGGCUCCUGGGAUAUAUAAACCAAAAAUGACCCUCCCCAUGUGAUCCCCUCCCUCCCCAGAGUUCAAAUGAUGGGGGAAAAAAAAUUCAAACCCGGAAAGGUCUGGGGUUAGGUGCAUGGGCAGACUUGUCAGCUGAACAUGGUGUUGUGGCAUAUUCACAAACUGUGUAAUGGAAAUCAAGCCCCUCUCCACCCUCGCUGUCUGUUGAAGAAGGGAUGCGAGAGAUUAAGGUGCAAGAAUUAAAAAAAAAAAAAUUAAAGUUAAACAUAAAAAGCUUGAAAACAACGGACCCAACUCCCCCGCCUCCUGCCCCGUCUAACCCAAAGGGUGCCAACAGGGCUGACUGGGAUAGAUGCAGGACAAGACACUGUGGGAGCAACUUGUUUGAACUCCUAGUACAUUAACGAAAACCAGACACGAAGAGACACAUUGGGGCUGAGUGUAGACAAAAGGGCUGGAGGCCGUAUAGGGCACCUGGGAACUGCCCAGGCCUUAGGAGAGGGGAGAGAGCAACAGGGAUCUGGUUCUCCAAAGUGCUGUGUGCAUGGUCACAUCUCAACAUCUCCAAGUGGCUCUACGAGCACGCUCUCAAAGGGGAUUGGAUACAGCUGGGAUCAGUCACUGGGCUUUCCGCUGGGCUUCUAGCCUCAACGAGGUGCUCUCAUCUCACAGUGACAUCCAAGUGAGACAGGUCCUCACUGGGAUAGGAUGAACUGGGACAGGGACAGGGAAAGCCAUCUCCAGGUGAGCAGUACAAAGGAGCACACGUUGGCAUGGGUGUUUACUUGUGGGGAGAAGUCUACCAGCCAGCCAGGCUGAUGGGCUCCAUCACAGAAGACCAUACAGGCAAGGUGAGGCCUCCUUAGGGUAGAGUGCUCCCAUUCCAUCUCAAAGCCAAGUGUGAGGGGAAAGAAGCACAAGGGAGCCCAAGGGGAUGGGAUCUAGGAGGCAGCGGAGGAGGAAACAGCAUGGACCACUCUACUGUGGCCCUCCAACACCUACAAGGUGCUUCUCUAAAGCAAUCGUCUUCCAGUCUGGGUCAUGGUCCCUUCAGAAAGCCAAUGGCCCCAAGAGCUGAGUGCCCACAUCCCUCAUGGAUGUGUGUUUGAGAAGGCUUUGUGCCAUCCCAAUAAGCCCCGGGUCAUGGAGGAAGGAGGGCAGAGAAGCCUUUGGUACCCAUCUGAGACAGUCAAUGUGGCAAGACAGCUCUGCCACAGCAUCCUCCUUUUGCUCAAGGCAGAUGGAGAUGAGGGUGAACUCACUGGUACUGAUGGCAGUACUGGGGGUCCACAGGACUCCAGCCAACACAAGGAUAAAAACAAUUUGUUGCUCCAACAUGCUAAUACCCGCAAGAGUAGCCAGCUUUCCAGAGAUGACAGGCACAGUAGGCAACACUCGGCAGGAGAGGACACCAGUCACCCAACCCAUCACCUCAAAGAGCACUCAGGGGAACAGCAGAUGCUCCCCUGUUCUGCCCCUAUUAGGCUAAUGCUCUUGCAUGUCCCUGGUCAGCAAAGCCCCUGAGCACACGGCUGAACCCUCCCAUCUCUGUAGGGACAGCCUCAAAGCUGCCCAAGUGCUUUGCUGAUUUGGUCCAGGAGAUGAAGCACCAAGACUUCUUGCAAAGCCAGAUACAGUUCAUUGUCCCCAGCACCCUGCUAAGACCCAGAACAAGGUGCAAACGAGAAAGGGCUCCUGAAGCCUGCUCAAUGU